AUGCUCCAAUAUUGUUGUUCCCUUUCCGCGUACGAUCAUCAGGAACCCGAGUCACGAGACCAGAUCAAAGAUCGACCGUGCGAAGCUCGGGUGUUCUCCCUGCUUCAAGUGAUGACAGCCGUGUUCGGCUCGUUCGCACACGGUGGAAACGAUGUAAGUAACGCAAUUGGUCCGUUGAUUGGUCUAUGGAUUGUUGGUGUCACUCAUGAGGUCAAUUCCAAGAUGCCCAUUCCGCUGUGGUUACUCGUCUACGGUGGAAUUGGCAUUUCCAUCGGACUGUGUGUUUGGGGCCGUCGUGUCAUUCAAACACUGGGAGAAGAUUUGGCACGAAUCACACCUUCCAGGUAA